AUUGGUCGACUUUGUAUUUCUACAAAACGCUGCAAUUAUGUUUCUUUGUCUAUUGAGUUAAGCGAUGUUGUUUUAUUCGAGAUACAGGCUUGGUAUUUUCCCAUGUUGGUCCUACUCGACGUCUCGUACCUAUUUUUUAUGCGUCAUCAAACAUUCUAUUUGGUCUGGACCUUACCUUGUCAUACCCCAGUUUGAAACCAUCGAUGCGCGAUAACUAAUGCGGUUUGGGAUUGACUCUGCAAUAUUAGUAUUUUUAUCUCCAUCAGUGUAAAUCAUGGAGGUAUAAAUCGCUUUUGAUGUCAUGUUAGAGACUUGAUUUGUCAAUGGAAGACAUUAUACACUCCGUCGCUUAUGCGAUGGUCAGUGUUUGACUUUGGAAUUGGAUAACAGAAAGAACACCAGUGAUGUCAUACGGAGACAUGGCGGAACCUAACGGGGGUGGUUCGAGUGAGAAAGGAUCGAGUGCUCCUGGUGGCGCAGGCGGCAAUGCCACGGCCCCACCCCUUCGAUCGACCAACAGCGACAAUGAGGACCACGUAUAUCACGUCCGAUGGGUUGAGUUGGGUGGCGUUAAGUAUCCUAUCGUAACCCAGAAUGAAAAUGGCCCGUGUCCGCUUCUGGCCAUUAUAAAUUUACUUGUCCUGAAGGGUGCUAUACAUUUGCAGGACAUGGGAGGAAUUGUCACUGCGGAGCAACUCAAAUCGUACGUCAUGGAUGCCUUGCUUGGAGCAAUGCCAGGGGACCUACCGGAAGCUUCACAGCUUAACUAUCAACAGAAUUUUGACGAUGCUGCAUCAAUCUUACCCAAAUUGUCAACAGGCAUCGACGUUAACGUUAGAUUCACGGGAGUCCGCGAUUUUGAGUUCACGGCGGUGUGUAGUCUGUUCGAUCUCCUUCAAAUUCCACUCUACCACGGCUGGGUAGUUGAUCCGCAUAAUCAAGCGCAAUGUCGCGCUGUAGGCAGGUUGACUUACAACCAACUAGCGGAAAAAGUUAUCAAUGAUCGUGCUUCACCGGAUAAGGAGAAAAGUUGGAAUGCCGAGCUCUGCGAUCAUUUUCUAAAGGAUACCAGCUCUCAACUUACUAUUGCCGGGAUCAACCAACUUAAAGACACGAUGAAGGAUCACGAACUCGCCGUACUUUUUAGAAAUAACCAUUUUAUUACGCUAACUAAGCACAACGGCCAGCUACACCAAUUGGUGACGGACCAAGGUUUCUUGCAAAUGCCGUCGGUCGUAUGGGAAACUCUGUCAGGUGUUGUCGGCGGGGGCAAGUUUACCGAUGGUGACUUCCGCGAAUCGCCGCCUCAACUUACGCCCGAGCAGCAGAUCGAAACUGACGCUCAGAUUGCCCGUCAGAUGCAGAACGAAGAUGCGCAAGCGGCCGCAACCAUGUCGGCCAGUCGUGCACAUCCGGCUAGCAUGCGAGACAGGCCGCGGCAAAAUCAGCCGGGACAUCAGGGUAAUCUGGUCCUGAGUGGUGCACCCGGCGGCGGUGACACAAGUAUUCCUGACGACGUUCGCGCCGGCGAUGAUGUUCAAGGCCAAAGUCGGGUGCCGUCCCCAGAUGGAGACCAUGGCAGAUCACAUGUGAGUCCGACUGAUAAUACUAGUAACUCCAAGAAAUGGGUAUGUAUGUGUUAUUUGAUCGGUAAGGUGUUAGCCUUUUGAGGACUGAGAGAGUUUGAAAUGGAUGGAUUAUCAUUAGGAGAUACUUAUCACGGCCACUAUUUGGACAUGUGAUUCUGUCACUGAGCAUCAGAGAGCAAGAAAAUUUUGAACAAAAUUAAUACUGAUUCAUAAACAUAGCUUGAGUUGAAAAAUCGUUGCACUCUCUAGUGGACAAUACGUAUAAAUAAAUAAGCAAUAGAAAUACGGCCCGCUAGCAGGUUCAAAACGUAACCUUUAAACACUAACAAAUAUGGUUAGUCGCUAUUCGGCGAAGUUUACUAAAUUACGCUCUAUUUUUGUUUGUGUUAGCUUAAUAUCCAGCCUCAGCUUGAUUGUAAAGCUCAAAUGUAAAGUUGUUCUGCCGAGUGCUAUUACAUUUAGCCAAUACAAAAUCUGCAAGCAAACUAUUGAGAGCGAUUUAUUAAUACUAAAUGUGUCAAAUAUUUUUACAGCUAUUCUGGAGGACCUAGAGGCAAGUUACUGUAAAAAAAUGAACCCUUUAUUAGAACUGAUAACCAGGAGUAGUUGCUCGAGCUGCUGCAGCCUUAAUGACAACAAUUUUUUCUUGCUCUGACUAUGAUGGUGGUGGACACUAUCUGAGAUCUUAUGCUAUAUAUACAUAUAUCUAUUUUACAUUUGUGCUGAUGAAUCGCCUCAAUAACCUAACUGACCACAUUUUUUGAUCUGAUUUGACCGAUUUGCUUCAAAGAUGCUGCUUUCGCUGGGAGCUUGACAAGAGAAUUUUAAAGAGCGAAAUAAUAUUUACUCAAAAUAAUCGGAAAUAGACAUUUUCUUUGCCUACAAUCCUUUACUUUGUUGUCCGCAGCAUGACCUCUAUGAAUAGAUGCACUUAUAACGGAUCUACACUAUUGCCAUACUGAUAGCACCUUCUGAUAGGAGUUAUACGCAACUGUUGAAACCAACUUAGCCUACCCAAUACUUUCACACAUAAAGCUUAUUCCUGGUCAAUAUAUUUCCGGAAAAGAAAGUGAUCAUGAUAAUACAAUUGUAUCGGCAAUGCUGUGUAUUUCAACUGUCUUUUUCUGGCAGGAAUUGUUUUCUUUUUCCAAAAGAAAACCUGUUCAAGGCAACAUAUCUGCAUAACAAACAGAGUACGAACAUAUACUAACAUCUUAUACAAAUUGCUGAGACUGAAUAUUCUGUAGUUUUUUUCUUACCUUAUCUUAUUACUGUUUCAGCAUGUUUGGCAUCUAGAAGGGCAGCUUAAUCAUUAGUUCUGUUACUGACACAAAUAAGCUAUUCGUCCCACGAUCUUUGUGUUCACUAAUUUCACAUUUGGUUUUAUUCUUCGUCUGUGUGUACAUGUGGAAUGUUCUUUAAAUGCAUAGAACUGCAGCGUUUCGUAGUACAGGCCUCCUCGGGACCGCGACGACUUCGAACGGAGUAGUUGACCCAGUCCCCCAGAAAGAAUAAUAGAAAAACGAUGAUGAUAGCAUCAACAACAGCCAGAACAACGAUAUCGUCUCCCAAGCACCUCGGUCAUCGCGAAGAUCAUCCCUGUAGCAUGAACGGCAUAAUUCAAGGUAUCAAGCGAGCAUCAACUCUGCGUUGGCUCAACCUUUCCAGCACGCUGAAUUACAUAUUGACGUUGAGGCUGCACGUCUCCUUUUCGAAGUCAACUCACUGCGUCUCUUAGCGGUGCCUUUACUAGUGCAGAUCGGAGGUCAGAGAUCGAAGACAGGAGACGAUUACUGAUACAUAAUACCUCAAGAGUUUGAUACCUUCCGAGAAACGAGGAGAGCCACGUGUUAUCCAUCCAUGAGAUAAUAUUAUUUAAGCCGACAACCCUGUAUUGCAGUUGCGGUAUCUGCUUAGUGUAUGUCAGUUUAUAACAAGUGCAGACGACUGACAAGUACAGGUUCAUAGACUCAUUUACCUAACUAUUUGUUGAUGACUAGCAGUGCACGAGCAGCGAAAGCGGACGACUCAAUCCGAGAAAUUUACUAAAUACAUAUAUACACACACCCACUAAUGCAUGGCUGUGGUUUAAUGUGUAACUAUCCUGUAUUACGAGGGUACCAGUCUUUUUAAUCGGUGCAAUUUCGGUGUUUAUAAUUUUGCUUCGCAGUGCGCAGUGCGAUAUUGAAGGAUAACAGGUCCGAAAUGCGAUGGGUGGUAGUUAGUCGCGGCGCUAACGUUCGACGUGUUUGAGCACAAAAUUUCCAAAUAAUAGUGGUAAUAACAAGAUGACCAUCAUUGGUGCCGGUAGUGUAAUCAUUGGAUUUUAAUUUCAAAAAAAGCAAUGGAGAAUAAGCCUUUGCCUUGUGUGUCUUCAGUUAACAAGUCGAAACUUUGAUCUGAACUGGGAAAGGACCUGACUAAUGAUUGAUUUUGUCAAAUUUGGGUGCAAGUACUAACAGGAUGUUUAUUUUACAUUGUUUGGACAUUGUCAUUCUUUUUAUGUAAUUUUUGUCACUACUAUUGCUAUCCAGCUGUACCAAAAACGUGAUCUUCGAAAGGUUCCUGAAACACUAAUCUCGAAUUUUAUCGUAAUCGUAAGGACUGUACAUACUCUAAAAGCUUAGAUGUCAUUUAUGAAUAAUCGAAAUAACAAGGAGAGAGAAUGGAAUGAGGUGGAGAAAAUGUGUUGACGUAACAUUACUAUAAUAUAUGUAUCAUUUCUAUCCUACUAUUUACAAAAUCAUAUGUUCCUCACGAACAUAUUGGAGAGAUCGACAGGCAUAUGACGGGAAAAGCAUUUAACUCCUGCAAAACCCCCUCCAAUUGACAAAGCUUCUACCUUUAUUAUUUACCUUUUUGCCCAUCAAUAUAGGGUUUAUUAGUUCAUGCUGUGGCAAGCUCUGCUUGCUCUUAUGCAUCAAGUUUAGCACAAUAGUAUACCAAGCCCCUGUGCUCGAUGACGGUGCGAAUGAGCUAAAUUUGAAAGCUUUAUAUUAUAAUUAUACCAAGCUAGCAUACAAUGAUCCUCUUUAGAAUUUAUUUAGCCUCGGGCCUCGGUAAUAGGUCAGUUUUCUUGUCCAACGAAAUAUUUGAUCGGAGUACCUUGUUCGAAUUUGCUGUGAGUGAGAGGCUGUUAAAUCUGUGUUGAAACUUCGUAAGGGCAAAGGCGACAGAAAAACGGUUUCUAGAUAAUUUGAAUGUGCUGCAAUCGGCUUAUUAUAAGCCAUGUGGAUAGUAUUUAUAGUAACCCAACUACACUGGGGAGAAUAGUGACGUUAAUGCAUUAAUGGUGAGAUAACUGAUGACAAGGACGACAGAGAUGCAAAGUUGAAUAAUGUUGGUUAUGAUGUGCGAUAUGAAAGAAACGUGUGAUAGCGGUAACAAAAUGUAACGAAAUACAUUAUAUAGAUGGAACUAGAGAUAUGAGUCGGUGAAUAACAUUUUUAUGCGAAUGUUAAAGGAAGUUGGAGUCAUAUCGACAAGCAGUAUAUAAUGACGUAGGUAAAGGCAAAUGUGGCGAUUGAAACGAACGUUAAUCAUAUUAUUGCUAGAAAAAAAUGAACCUGAGCUCUUACGGCCAGGCGCUUUCACAACAUCAGAUGAACUUGAUAUCGGGUAAUUUAAAAAGAAACAAUGAGGUAUGGAAGAUAUUGGUAGUAUUAUUAUCAUCUUUUAUAGCAGCAAAACUAGUAGAGUUAUUCCUGGUUUUUACUUUUGGCUUCAACAUAAUAUAUAAAACUUAGUUCAAGUUUUUUAUAUGUGUGAGAACAUCAAGCAGAUGAUAUUUAGUAAUUGUCUACUCGCAUAGAAGUGCUAAAGAAGAACUGUACAAAAUAAAGUGAACAGAAACUGAUAAACAACUCGUACCAAGAUAUAACUACGAUGAUACUGACGGUAACGAUGAUUCGAGGGUUUAGUUUACCAGGCAGAGGUGAGACGCUAACAUGUCACGUCCAUCUAAGAAAACAGAGUUGAAUCUCAAACUUUUCAUGUCGUAUUGCAGCACACAAAGAGGACGCAUGGUCUCUUCUAUUAAUCAGUUCUUUAUCUUAUACGCUAAAUUUAUAUCCGUUAGGACGAAUCAAUAGUUUGCAGAGGAUCUAUCUCUAUAAAAGUUACUUGACCGUGCCGUUGUAAAAAUUCUUUGGAAUUUAAAACCUUCUAAAUGAUGGAACUACGUAAGUAUUUAAACGAUUGUUUUUUCCGCGAAGUUUAAAAAAGUUUAUGAUCUACUUUCUCUCGCGGAGCAAAAAGCUAUACCAGGUAAUCUUCUGAAACAAGGAAACAAAUACUGGAAGUAAAAAAAUCGAUGAUUUCACAAGUCACCAUAAGGCUAGUUAUUCCUUUAAUAGUCAUCCAGGUAAUCAUUCGUAUUCGAUGGACUACUGCACAUCAAACCUUGUCGAAAGCAAACUCUGUUUUGAGGUCUACUAAAUAGUUAGAAUUCACAGCUUGAUACAAACAAAUGUAUUGCAGAUAAUGGACGCUUCCCAUCGCAUUAAAACAUGCACGAUUUUGACUUCGAAUUAUAUUCGAACAUAGCCGCCCACUAGGCACGGUAAAAUUGCAUUAUAUGCGUGGGCUAUAAAAUUCGUACACUACCAAUUGUGUAAUCGUUAAAAUAGGCAUAAUUCUGCUUCGGUGUCAUGCGCUCAACAAACGAACAAGAGUACAAGGUGCAUCAACGGUAUACAACAAGCAGGACAGGCCAGCUUUUUUGUGAGUUGCUUUACUAAGUAAGCUGGUUGUAAGUUGCGAUUAUGAAACUCCAUUUAAAUUUCUUUGCGUAGUUUUCUUUCCGAGAGCUUUGAGAUGAUAUAGUAACGUAUGUGUAACUCUUAUGGCUUUCGAACUGUAACGUUGUCUGAUUACCUCACCUUGACGACUAAAAAAGUUGUCAAUAAUUCCUUUGAAACUGAUGAGUGUGACAUGAAUCAGAUAACUCUUUGGCACCAUCGUUACUCUUAAGCAGCUUUCAUUUUUAUUAUUUUUAUGACAAGGGCGAGGCCGAAUAAAAACAAAGUCUGAUAAAAGAAUUUACCCACGAAUCUAUGCAUGAAAAUAAAUUGCGAAUAAUUAUUUGUAUAGUUAUUUGUAAACAAGUGCGUUAAAAUGAGCUCUCUGGUAGAGGCCACUUUGUAAAGGAGUAUACGUUAUGUUAUCAUACUGACAACCAUAGGUAUUAUUUUACCUGAUAAGUUUUCAUGAAGAAAUAAAGACUGCGCGAGUUAACUCGAUAAACACUGGACAGAGAUCGAUACGUGCGCAAGGUUGCAGAAUUAAAAAAGACCAACGUGGGAUUUAUUUAGCAUAGCUUUAGAAGAAACAGGUUAGACCUCGUUAGAAUUAAUCGUACAGAAACGGACGAAAAAUACAAGCAAUAAGAAAUAUCGCAAAAUACAAAGCACACUGAGAAAGUCGUUACAGGCUGUUGACGGCGGUAAUACGAAUACUGCCGAUAUAUUGAUAUUAUCAUUGGAAUAUAUAUAUGCACUUGAAGAAAACGCUGUCAAGUGGAAUCUGGGUGCUCUUGAUGCUCGGCGGGUCGCUGUGAUUGUUCGUCUGCUUUCGAUGGCACCCUGCUGACUAGGAUAUACAAAAUGAGGAAAAUGUCAAGUAAGAUGAACGGUAAUGAUAUACGGGAAAAUAUUUACCAAGAAAAGCGUUUAUGGCGGUGAUUCAUAGUAAUACGUAUAAUUAUUAUGAUAACAAAAAGGAUGUCGGAUGUUCAAGAUCUCCACACAAAAUUAGCAGAAGUACCGAUUACUGAACAGGCGGAUCCGUGCGGGUAAGGUGGUAACUGAUAGUAGAUUUCAACGCCUGUAGUCUGACGCGCAUCUUUCAAUAGAGGAUUCGAGAUCAUCUAUUCAAAGGAAGCUCCAUCCGGCAAAUGUAAAAUACACUGAAGCGCUUAACUAAGAACGGGAUCAGAAGAAGAAAGCUAAUCAGAAGAAAAAGAAAUAAAAGGACCGAAGGAGUGGAGUAUAAAUUUGGACGAGGCUCUACGGCGCCGAUAUCUGUA